CAGCACUCCGGCGGUCCGCGCGGGACCGAGCCCCUUUAGCAGCGCCGGGCCGUGGGGGCCGGCCUCUCUCGCCUCUACGCGCGCGCACGCCCGUCCGCCCGCCGCGGCCCCGCGCACUCCGCCGCUUCGCCCGUCGCGCCGCGCAGGCAGCCGCUCGCCGAGCCCGCGGCCGGGGCCCUGGCGUGCAGCGCGGGCCUCGGAGGGGCCCAGCGCCCCGGCCCGGGAGGAUGCGGCCCGGGGCGGCCCGGGAGCUGAGCAGGGUCCCCGCGCCGGUCCCCGCGCCGGCCCCCGCGGGCCCCGGCUUCCAGAGCCGCAGCCGCCGCCCCGCCCCCGGGAGACAUGACUUCCAAGCCGCAUUCCGACUGGAUUCCCUACAGUGUCUUAGAUGAUGAGGGCAGCAACCUGAGGCAGCAGAAGCUUGACCGGCAGCGGGCCCUGCUGGAGCAGAAGCAGAAGAAGAAGCGUCAGGAACCCCUGAUGGUGCAGGCCAAUGCGGAUGGGCGGCCCCGGAGCCGGCGGGCCCGGCAGUCGGAGGAGCAGGCCCCCCUGGUGGAGUCCUACCUCAGCAGCAGUGGCAGCACCAGCUACCAAGUUCAAGAGGCCGACCCAGUUACCAGUGCACAGCUGGGAGCUGCCCGCCCAACAGCACCAGCCUCAGCCAAGAGAACCAAGGCAGCCGCAGCAGCAGGAGGCCAGGGCGGGGCCUCUAGGAAGGAGAAGAAGGGGAAGCACAAAGGCACCAGCGGGCCAGCAGCACUGGCAGAAGACAAGUGUGAGGCCCGAGGCCCGGUGCAGAUCCUGACUGUGGGCCAGUCAGACCACGCCCAGGAUGCAGGGGAGACGGCAGCUGGUGGGGGCGCACAGCCCAGCGGGCAGGACCUCCGUGGCACGAUGCAGAGGAAGGGUGUCUCUAGCAGCAUGAGCUUUGAAGAGGAAGAGGAGGAUGAGGACGAGAAUAGCUCCAGUUCUUCCCAGCUAAACAGCAACACCCGCCCCAGCUCUGCUACCAGCAGGAAGUCUGUCAGGGAGGCAGCCUCGGCCCCCAGCCCAACAGCCCCAGAACCCUCGGGGGAUGUUGAGGUCCAGGAUCUUGAGGAGUUUGCACUGAGGCCGGCCCCCCAAGGUAUCACCAUCAAGUGCCGCAUCACGCGGGACAAGAAGGGGAUGGACCGGGGGAUGUACCCCACCUACUUCCUGCACCUGGACCGUGAGGAUGGGAAAAAGGUGUUCCUCUUGGCGGGAAGGAAGAGAAAGAAGAGUAAAACUUCCAAUUACCUCAUCUCUGUGGACCCAACAGACUUGUCUCGAGGAGGGGACAGCUACAUCGGGAAACUGCGGUCUAACCUUAUGGGCACUAAGUUCACCGUUUAUGACAAUGGAGUCAACCCUCAGAAGGCAUCAUCCUCUACUUUGGAAAGUGGAGCCUUGCGUCAGGAGUUGGCAGCCGUGUGCUAUGAGACAAACGUCUUAGGUUUCAAGGGGCCACGGAAGAUGAGUGUGAUUGUCCCAGGCAUGAACAUGGUUCAUGAGAGAGUCUCCAUCCGGCCCCGAAACGAGCAUGAGACGCUGCUAGCACGCUGGCAGAAUAAGAACACGGAGAGUAUCAUUGAGCUGCAAAACAAGACACCUGUCUGGAAUGACGACACACAGUCCUACGUACUCAACUUCCACGGGCGCGUCACACAGGCCUCUGUGAAGAACUUCCAGAUCAUCCAUGGCAAUGACCCGGACUACAUUGUGAUGCAGUUUGGCCGUGUAGCAGAGGAUGUGUUCACCAUGGAUUACAACUACCCACUGUGUGCGCUGCAGGCCUUCGCCAUCGCCCUGUCCAGCUUCGACAGCAAGCUGGCCUGCGAGUAGAGGGCCUCCUUGUGCCCGUUGGGGUUGCCCAGCCUGGAGUGGAGCUGCCUGCAGAGACAGCCCUGCCUACCCUCUGUACAUAGGCCUCCUGCCAGAUGAACCUUCUGUUCUCGGUGGCUCCCUGGCCCAGCCAGCUCAGACCCGCCUCCACUGCUGAGACAGAGGACUAGAUGGGGGAGGUGUGUGUGAAUGGACCAGAAUGAAUUCUUCCUGUGCCCCAAGGGCCGCACACACACACACCCCCAACUCUUGGGUUAGUAUCCUGCUGCAAUCAUGUUUGCCAAGCUGGGUGGCCUCUUCAGCUGGAAGGUAGGAAGACGUGUAGAGGGAGAGGAAGCACAAUGCAGGGCUCCUGUGGCCCAGCCACCCCUCAGCCUAGGAGUCAGGGGACAACGGGUCCCCCAUUAGUGACGGGCACAGUGUUUGUGUGUGUUGGGUACAUCAACUUUACACAGAAGGGCAAGGAUCGGCUACCAAGUCCUUUGCUAACUACAGAAAGUCCUCUGGCUUCAGAAGGCCUCAGCCAGGCUGGGAGGAAUUAUAGGGGUUUGGGAAAGGUGAGUGGCAGGACCUUGUCAGGACUGUAGGGGCCUGGCUGUGGGAGGUUUUCUCCAUGUGCACAGAGGCAGUAGGAAGCUGGGCCUCCAGGCCAGAUGUCUUAGAGGAUGGGGCCUGUAGGACACAGGUCCACGUGUAAGAGGUACACGGAAAGGCUCCCUGGACCAGGGCUAUCUCGGGAGUACUGUCAACUGCCGGAGGAGCUUUCUACUGAGCAGUUCCUGCACUAUCCCCAGUAAACGUGGACGGGGACCAGAUUGUCAGCCUGAGUGCACACAGGUAGGCGGGCCUGGGACUCUAGUGGGCAGAGCACUACUCCUGAACCCUGGCAUGCUCCGGGAAGAAAUUCCAGCUCAGUGCUCUUGCCUGUGCUUCAGCUCCUCCUAUGGUCAGUCAAGGUGUGGUUCUUCCUGGGUGGGAGUGGGGCAGGGUGAAGAAAGCAGGGAGUAUUUUAGAACCACGAGAGCUCAGAGAUGGCAGGGCCUUUAGUGAUGAACUAGUAGUACUUUAGGUGAAUCAUAACAGGAAUGGGACUUGCACUGGGUCACCUGGCUGGUUAGUGGCAAAGUUCAGCUCCCUUGAUUUCUUUGUUCCUACCAUCCCCCAAGAAACUGGUUCUCUGGCCUUCCUGGGACCCAGUCUGCAUACCCUCACCCUUUUGUCUGGUUACAGAGACUGAAAGCUGGCUUUUUGGGUAUCACUCUGAGACUGGCUUGUGUUUGGCUCAGGGGGCAGGCCUUAGCAAGGCUGCUGCCCCUUUCUCUAUUCGGGUGUGAUGGGUGUGAGUGUUCCAGGGCUGGGCCUGAUCUCCCCCCUCCAUCCUCCUCCUCUUGAGAUGGCACCAUCUACCCUGAAGACUUGGAAACGCUAAGCCAAGCCCUUACCUGUUUUGUCAUUUACCACCACCCCCCCUCCCUCCCCCGGCUACUCGCCCAGAUGGUGGUCAGAAGUCAAGGGGAAGCAAGGAGGAAUAGCUUCUCCCUUCAGAGUAGGUGUGCUUGGAAAGGUGGUGUAGAAAUUUUUUUUAAAUAAGUCCUAACUACUCUAGUGAGGUUCUGUAGUGAGGGGGAGUUGUUCUGACCUAAGUGGAAGGUACUGAGUUCUUAUUUCCUUCUAAUCUAGGACUUCCUACAUUGAGUGCUCAUAGCAAGGGACACCUGUUCUAGUGUGAAUAUGUGCGAGGCCCUUCCACUGGUCUAGUUUCCGGACCACUCUUGAGGGCACGAGACUUUUGUUUACCAGGGCUGAUCCACUUCUUGAUGAGGUACUGUGGGGCCCUCCUCCUUUCCGUAGUUCUAGUUUGGCUCUUCUCCUCACUUUGGGAAGAGACCUGCUGACAGUUGGGAUGAUGAAAACUAGAUCUCCCAAGUCUGGGUCAAGCGGCGUCUCUGAUUUUAAAGUAGAAUGAGCUGUUUUAGAUCCUAGGGAGGGGGGAAUCCAGGUGGCCAUGUGGAAAAGGUAGAAGCCCAGUGGCAAAUGUGCAGGAGAGCAGGGUGGUUGGAUAGUCUGGUGGGGUCAGGAACUUGGUGUGGCCCGGGCCUGGGGAAAAAAAGCUCUGGUGAGCAGUGGGUGAUGGGUGCUUGAGCUCCAGCCUCACAAGGUCUUUUCUUAAGGCCCCACUCCUGGUGAUGCUGGGUUUCCCUGUCCACUGGCCUCUCCAAAGACUCAAAAAGCUGCCAGGGCCCCUGGAAACCAUCUGGGCUCAGCAUCUCCCACGGGAACAGCUCUUGCCCUUCAUACCCUCUACGCACCUGGUGACUAGAUGAUGAAAUGAGCAGGCCCUGAGGGUGGUGGGCAGCUGGGACCUUCGGCAGCUCCUCUGUACUGCUCCUGGGGCCACACCCCAAAACUCUACUCCCUCUUACCCCAAA